AUGCAAAGCUAUAAACUUCACGUAGUUUCUGAAAACCUCAAGGAUAGACAUCCCUAUGUUGAACCGGAUUUCAAGGAUAGAUACGAUCCCUCUGAAGUUUAUCAUGCAGUCUUUGACCGUUCCAUUCCUAAAUUGAUUGAAAUAUUGCUCAUGGCGAACAUUGAAUCUUUUAAAUAUAGAGAUGCCUUGAUCACAUUAAAUGAGAUGGUUGACCAUUAAGAAAUGAAGGAUUAAAUGAUAUCCCAAGGUAAUCCUUCUCUUUAGACCUAGGUCUGGUGGGAAUUGCUAGUGCAUAUUUACAUCAUAAAGAUAUCUAGAUCAGAAAACAAGCAGUCAUUUUAUUGGGAUGUUUAGUAAGCAUAAUGA